GAACCUUUUAAAAUACUUCAAAAUCUCUUUGCCUCUCCUCCGUCUCUCCCAUCCCAGCCGCGAGUUCCAUCGUUCUCUUCCAGCCAGCCGCCGUGAGUUCUGUUCUCACUUUCCCAGCUGCGCGAAGUUCUCCGGAUCUCUUCUCCUCCCCGUCGCUGUCGCCUUCCAGUAGUCGUGCAGUCAUCGUCGCGUCACUUCCUGCGGUGCCCUCCAGUCGCCGUCAUCGACUCAGUUUGGUUAAACCCUGCGAGCUGCAGCAUCUUGAGUCAAGGUUUAAGAAGAAGAAAAUGGAGGAACAAAAGAAACGCAGCAUUCCGGUGCUGCCAUGGAUGCGAGACCCUCUAGACCUUACUCUCUUCCAACAGAUUCCUCUCCAUACCCUCCCUUCUCUCCACCCUAAGUUGAAAUUAUCACUGGAAAACAUGGGGAUUUCCAACCUGUUCCCGGUGCAAGUUGCGGUAUGGCAAGAAACCGUUGGGCCCGGGAAAUUCCACCGAGACCUCUGCGUUAACUCCCCCACUGGCAGUGGCAAGACCUUGGCCUACGCGCUCCCCAUCGUACAGUUGCUCUCCACACGCGUCGUCACGUGCCUACGCGCAUUGGUCGUUGUCCCUACACGCGACCUCGCCUUCCAGGUCAAGCGUGUCUUCGACGCCAUUGCCUCGCCCCUCGGCCUGCGCGUGGGACUCGCUGCCGGUCAGUCUUCCGUUGCGGACGAGAUUUCAGAACUGGUGUACUCGCCGGAAUGUGAGUUCGGGAUUUCUUACGAUCCGGAAGAGGUUGCAUUUCGUGUUCGGAGACGGUUGAGGAGUAAGGUAGAUAUAUUGGUGGCAACCCCCGGAAGAUUGAUGGAUCAUAUCAAUACCACCAAAGGCUUCACUCUUGAGCAUCUUCAAUAUCUUGUGGUUGAUGAAACGGAUCGGCUACUCCGUGAGGCCUACCAGUCAUGGCUACCUGCUGUGCUUGAAUCGGUGCAGUUGAAUGAGGAUAACACUUUUGAACCCAGUGAUUCGUUUUUACCUUGUUCUAUGGGUGUGUUAACAACCAGAAGAAGAUGUGGAGUUGAGAGGGGUUUCAAGGAUAAGCCCUACCCUAGGCUGGCAAAGAUUGUCCUGUCUGCGACAAUAACUCAGGACCCAGGCAGGCUUGUUCAGCUUGAGUUGCAUCACCCUUUGUUCCUGAGAGCUGGGCCAAUGCGUUAUCGACUUCCAGAAAAUCUACAAUCCUUCAAAUUGAUCUGUGAAAGAAAGGUCAAACCCUUGUAUUUGGUUGCCCUUUUAAAAUCACUAGAAGGAGAAAAAUGCAUAAUUUUUACAAAAUCUGUGGAAUCUACACAUCGUCUCUGCAAAUUGCUUAAUUGUUUUGGAGAUCUGCAAAUUGAUAUCAAGGAGUACUCUGGUCUUCAGCAUCAACGUGUAAGAAGUAAGACCCUGAAUAAUUUUCGGAAAGGCGAGUUUCAAGUGCUUGUAUCUUCUGAUGCAAUGACUCGUGGAAUGGAUGUGGAAGGUGUAAGAAAUGUCAUUAACUAUGACAUGCCUAAAUAUGUGAAGACCUACGUUCAUCGGGCUGGUAGGACUGCCCGGGCUGGCCAGACUGGGCGCUGCUUCACAUUGAUGUCCAAUGAUGAGGUACGACAAUUUAAGAAGUUGAUGCAAAAGGCUGAGGCUAGUUCUUGCCCCGAGCACAUCAUUCAAUCCAGUUUGAUUGAAGCACUUCACUCUACCUAUGAAUCAGCAUUGAAAAAAUUCAAGGAGAAGAUUUCGAAGGCACCAAAGAAGGCAAAUGAUUAGAAUCUUGUAGAUGGAGCAUAUACAUUGAAAAAUGAUCAUUCAUAGGAAUAGCUCAUCAAAUUCAUAUCACUGACUGAAUCAUCCUGCAAAGGAUUCGAUUCGAUUCGACUGAGAAAGAAGUCAUUCAAUGAUAACAACAGUCUGAAGCAUAUUAUGAGGGCAUGAACAGAGCUCUUGCGAUCCCUCCGUAGUGGUGGAUUUUGUGCAUUCCUUGAGGUUUUUCUAACGGGAUGCUUCCUUCACGGACGGGGCAAAUGGAUGAGAUGGUGCAGAAGUUCCGUGACAAUGAGAAUUGCAAAUAUUAAUGAAUAGAUUUGUAAGAUUAUUUUUAUUUUUUCUAGUUUAAAGUUGAAACAUUCAUUUCUCUGACGAGGAAAAUAUUUUAAGUUCUUAGGAAAGUGAGUAUUUAUCUUGUACUUCUGAAAA